GAAACUGUGACCUCUCCGCUGCUCUGGAAACGCAGUGUUUGAGGAAGUCAGAAGUCGUCCAGCAAGAAAUCACAGAGGUGUGACAUGCACAGGCCGACACACGUGGAUACAUUUACAUUUGCGGCUGAUUGAUUACCCUUUGUGAUGUAGCCAAAGAAUACAGCACCGUCUCACCUGCUCUGCUGUUUGAAGAUGGCCACCGCAGCAAAGGACCCCCACCUGGGCUCAGGCCCCGAUGAGGACGACGUGUCUCUGGCGGGGAGCGGGUCUGAUUCAGACAGCAUCCUCUCCGAUGACUCCGUGCUUCCAGAUUACACACCAGAGAUAACAGACGGGUGUGCAGCAGCAACACUGUAUCGAGCAUGUGUUCGUAAUGACCCCGUUGCUCUGCGGAAAGUUCUGGACAGAGGGGUCACAAAAGAGGAGGUUGGAGAGCUGGACAUCAACGGCUGGAACGGCUUGAUGGUGGCCUGCUGCAAAGGAUUUGUGGAAAUUGUGCAGGGGCUUCACCACUGUCCCUUUAUAGACAUAAACCACCAGGACAACGAAGGCAACACUGCUCUGAUGAUUGCUUCCCAAGCAGGUCAUAUCAACACAGUCAUGUAUCUCCUAAACUACUAUCCUGGGAUAGACACUGAAAUAAGGGAUUGUCGAGGAUUCACAGCGCUCAUCAAAGCUGCUAUGACCGGCCGCAAUGACGUCGUGGCUGCCCUUGUUAUGGCUGGUGCCGACAUCCAUGCAGUAGACUCCACCAAAGGAAAAUGCGCUCGGGACUGGGCACUGAAAACAGGUCGCUAUGAGACCCUGCAUCGUCUCCGCCGCCUCAAUAUGCGGCCAAAAGCUGAGCAGUUCUGUGAGAGUUAUGUCCCUGAGUGGCCUGAGCUCAAGGAGAGGGUAGCUAAGGCCACAGGUGAGAAAAGUGCUACUGAAAAAAUCUCCCAGCGGCUCAAAAACACAUUUGGAUUCAGAUUUCCUCGUGACCCCCAGGACAACGGGGUCUUGGACCAUAUGGUGCGCAUUACCACCAGCGUCCACAGUCCACUUAUUUCAACUGGAUGCCGUCCCCUCUGCCCUACCAGCCCUCCUGAGGUGGGGAAGAGGCGCAUGGCUGUGCCAGAGCUGGUGAAGCAACACACAGAUAAGGAAUUAGAAGAGAGCUCAGUGUGCCACAGCAACGGCUCAGUAUCACGCAUCAUACCCACAAUCCACUCAGCAGAGUCCAUCUCUGCAACAUGCUGUGCCGAGACGGAGCGGCGAGGCAGCAUCCUCUCACUGGCCUCCACCAAAGUUGCCACUGCAUUUAUUCCCCGCAGUAUGGCAAGAAGGAACAGCAUAUUCCCGUCUGGCUGCAUCCCCAAGAUUGACAUCAGCAGGCCUUCAGAGGCAACGCCAAAGAAAGAAAAGAAGAAGAAGAGGAGGGACAAGGGCUUCCUGGAACCGCCCAAGUGGAGGUACAAGGAGAUCAAGGAUGAGAAGAAGAAGGCUGAGAAAGAAAAGGCUGAGAAAGAAAAGGCAGAGAAAGAAAAAAAGGAGAAAAAUAAAGAAAAAGACAGCAAGAAGGCCAAAAAAUAAGAGUUGCCCAAAACAGGGCUGUGAUGCAGUACGAGAACAAUAUGCUUUCUGUGUUCACCUCAGGGUUUAAAAUGUUCAAACCAAAUAUCUCAGGCAUAUUGAACAAAUGCAGAACCUAUAACUUAAAAGGAAAUAGGUAAGAGAGGAGAUAUUUUCUUCCUAAACCUGGAUGAUGGAGGACCUCAAACGAGCACCGCAGAGACUCUUCUAGAGGAGUUUGAACCUUUUAGCCUGUAAUGUCUAAAAGUUGAGACAAAUGUUACGUAUUUUUUGAGUUAGGAUAGGAAAAAAAGUUUAUUUUUUCAUGGUUAUGUGUAAAUGUAAAGUAUCAAAAAGACUAAACGGUACACUGCUACACUCUAUGGUAUCUACCUCAUCAUUCAUACAGUAGCCUAUACCUGUGUAUCCUUCUCCUAUAUGCAAGAUGUAAAUAUAGAAUCACGUAGCUUUGUCAUAGCUCAUUUGUAUUGUUAUGUAAUAUUGUUACCAGCCAUGACAGCAGAGCUGGUAUUGUCUUUACCCUGAGGCUUUGUUUGUUUCAUCAUGACAAAAUGUGGUCCUGGAGAGAAUGGUCCUCCCACUUCACGCUCCAGGCCCACACUCAUUUUAAGUCGUGUAUCGGUGUCCCAGCUGGUGUGAUCCCAUUGAAUAAAGGUCUAUAGUUUUAUGUAUUUUUGUAAAUAACUAUUCAAAAAUCACUUGUAAAUACUGUACAGUGUGUAGCAAACAUGUAUCAUGAAGGAUCUGUUUUAUCCUCCAGUUUUAAUGCCACUCUCUGACAUUGCCAAUGACAUCUUCACAUCUCUCUUGCUUUUAUUAACUCUAUGAGAAAUUACAAAUAAAUAUAGAACAGCGAAAGUUUCAAUUCAGUCAAUUCAUUCAUUUGUUGGUGUUUAAAGUAGCACUAAU